ACGUUCCUCUGUGUCGACUGCCAUGGAAUUCUGCCCAUCAUAUCGUAUUCCUUUUUUCGAAACUUCCUCUUAGAUUACUAUUUUUUCAUUCCUCUCUUAUCUUUUGUACGUGUUGCUGGAAUACAUAUAUACAUCAUGGUUGGACUUGGACCACGCCGCCGACCUUCCCGUAAGGGUAAGUAGCUGUGGUCUCCUGUCUGACGUUGGAAAUCCGGCAUGGUCGUUCUAACAUUAAUGAUCUAUAGGUUCUAUGGCCGAUGUGCCAAAGAGUCUUCUGGAUCAAAUCAAGGAGUUCGAGGAUAUUUUCACUGUUGACCGACAGAAACUCAAGGAAGUGGUAGCUCACUUCGUCAAGGAGUUGGAGAAGGGUACGUUUCAACCAACAUGUGAUAAUCACUGCGCUUUUUCAACAUGAGACUGAUUGCGAUCGAUAGGUCUGUCUGUUGAGGGAGGCAACAUUGUGAGUAACUUGACCCGAUUCCUGGGCUCCUCAUCUAACCAUCAACCAGCCCAUGAACGUCACCUGGGUCUUCGGCUUCCCAACCGGCGAUGAACAAGGAAAUUUCCUCGCCCUCGACAUGGGCGGCACCAACUUACGUGUUUGCGAAAUCCAAUUGACCGCAGAACGUGGCGAGUUCGAUAUUACGCAGUCCAAAUACCGUAUCCCGGAGGAAUUGAAGACGGGCACCGCCGAGGAAUUGUGGGAGUACAUUGCGGAUUGCUUGCAGCAAUUCAUUGAAUAUCAUCACGAAGAUGAAGAGUUACCCUCGUUGCCCCUCGGUUUCACUUUCUCUUAUCCUGCGACACAAGAAUAUAUCGACCACGGUAUUCUUCAACGUUGGACGAAGGGAUUUGAUAUUGAGGGAGUGGAGGGUAAGGAUGUUGUUCCUCCAUUCGAAGAGGUUUUGCAAAAAAGGGGCCUCCCAAUCAAGACCACAGCGCUGAUUAACGAUACCACCGGAACACUCAUCGCUUCCGCAUACACCGACCCUGAAAUGAAAAUCGGCUGUAUCUUUGGCACUGGAGUCAAUGCUGCAUAUAUGGAAGAUGCCGGGUCCGUUCCCAAGAUUGCUCACCUCAACUUGCCACCUGAUACCCCUAUUGCUAUCAACUGUGAAUAUGGAGCUUUUGACAACGAACACGUCGUUCUCCCCCUCACACAGUAUGAUAUCAUCAUCGACCGAGACUCGCCGCGUCCGGGUCAGCAGGCAUUCGAGAAAAUGACCGCUGGUCUGUAUCUGGGUGAAAUUUACCGUCUUGCAUUGCUCGAUGUCAUUGACAACAAACCCGGUCUCAUUUUCGAGGGUCAGGAUGUUUCCAAGUUGCGAAAGCCCUAUUCCCUUGAUGCUUCUUUCUUAUCGGCUAUCGAAGAAGAUCCCUUCGAGAACUUGCAAGAAACACAAGAGUUGCUUGAGCGCGUGCUAGGUAUCAAGGCCGUCAAAGCCGAGCUUGAGCUGUGCCGCCGUCUGGCUGAACUGAUUGGCACUCGCGCCGCUCGUCUAUCCGCCUGUGGUGUAGCCGCUAUUUGCACAAAAAAGAAGAUUGAGCGCUGCCACGUCGGUGCUGAUGGUUCGGUAUUCACCAAAUACCCUCAUUUCCAGGCUCGUGGUGCCCGAGCAUUGCGUGAGAUUCUCGAUUGGGAAGACAAUGAGAAGGAUAAAGUUGUGAUUUUGCCUGCUGAGGAUGGUUCCGGUGUGGGUGCUGCGUUGAUUGCCGCAUUGACCUUGAAGCGAUACAAGGAAGGCAAUCUCGUUGGUAUCAAGGACAAGGACUCGUUCAAGUGUUUUGUUUAGUUGCAUUGACCUUGGGGUGGAUUUACGUGUGAAAAGUUAUACAUACAGUACACGUUAUACAGUACACAUCCACAAUACAUAGAGCACCGUUUCUACCUUAUUCUUUGACGUGGAGAAACAUCUGGUCUAAAAACCCAAAAUUAGAGAUGGCGUCGGCUAUAACUGCGG